AAGUGAGUUACACACAAAUGACAAAAUCGUGAUUUUGGAAAGAUGAAUAGUGCAUGUAUUAUUCAUUACUUAGAUAUCGUCAUUUUAUCAUUUUUACAUAGCUCAAAUGCUUACUUAUUUUAUCGCCAAACUUUACACAUGUGUAAUAUCCAUCCAUAUGAUCAUGUAGAACUCUUUUCUUUUUUUUUUUUUAAUUUUAAAUGUGAUUCUUAAACUAUUUAUAAUAAAGUCCUCCAAUGCACCCAUGUUCCAAAAAUCCACUCUUAAAAAAACAUCUUAUAUUGUGGGACCGAGGGAGUAGAAAAGAAGUUUCAUGUUUUAGUUUCCUCGGUGUUAUGUAUUCGUGGAAAGUGUAUCUGGACAGGUUGAGGCAAUUUUCAAAGGUCGUGUGCUCUCGCAGCAUUUUGCCUGUUUGCAUCAUGGCAAUCUUCCCUCGGAAGGAGGGAUUCCUUCCCCUGCAAGGAGCCAAGGAGUCGCCUGGCAUUCUUGCACACAACUCCCUUAGUUCCUGUAUAUGUACUAUGCAGUUCUUAAUCUUCAUUACAAUUAAGUCCGUUUCCCUCUCUUCGCUAGGUGUUGGAGAGAGGGCAUAUUCUGUAAUAAUCAUCUUAUGAGUAUUUCGGAACAAAAAUCUCAUGUAUAUAUACUCGUGCAAAACAAAUGGCGGGAACAGGUACAAAAUAUAAAUCCCUGGCUCACCUUCCCGCCGCCGGCUCUUCUCCCCUUCCCAGUUCCGUCCCUCCCACCUCAUGGCGGUGGAGGCGCCACCCAGCAACCACCACGGCGACCCAUCUACUCCUGGCGGCCUGGGCUACUUCCAUCUCCGCCUCCUCGGCCCCGCCGCGUCGCUCUUCCUGCUCCGCUCCGACCGCCUCUAUUCUCUCUCCUUUUCCCGCCGCCGGGGCUACCGCCUCCGCCUCAUCGCGUCCCCUGCGCGUCGCCGCAGGCGCUGCCGCCGCCGCGAUCUUCUGCUCAGCACUUCUGGCUGCGUCCUCCGCCUCACCCACUGCUUCUCCAGUCCCGACGCCGUGCGCGUCAAUGGGCUGCCCCUCCACGGCGGCGGCGGCCCGGUCGAUCUGGCCGUGGGCGACGAGGUCUCGCUGCUCCUCCUCGGCUCCAGGUACGGAUUUGUGGCGGAGAAAUUUGUCGCUUGCGAAAGGGGUGACAAGGUACCGGGGUCCUGCGAGGAGGUUCUUGUGCUGAGGGCAGAGUCGCUCCGGAAGCGGCUAAGAGCGAUCUCGGAGAGCCAGGACCCUCUUUCUUUCUUGAGGGAUUCACACUGUGCACAUGCUGGAGUGAAAAAAGCGAGAGAAGGGGGUGGUUUAUUGUGCCAGGAAAAUCCAGUUAACUCUGUUCCUCAGGAUAAUUUGCGGCAACAAGAAUGCAAUUCUGAUCAAAACAGAUUGGAACACCAACCCGAUGUUACAAACGAAGAUACAGUUCAGUUGCCUCAAAGAAGCAAACGAUGCAGCAAUGUAGAGCUCAAAGGAUGCAGCAAUGGGAAUGUAGAGCAGCAUCACACGGAGGGUCGCUACUCAGACGGGAGCACAUUCUUCCUGAACCGCCUUACCAGCAUAAGACCUGAAAUGCGAGCGGAGCAACGCAGUGGAGUGACCCUUCCACAGCUUCUCCACCCUAUUGGCAGCUUGUUGCGAGUGUUUAUCGCAACGUUCACCUCUGACAUUUCCUGGUUCCUGGACUACUGUAAGAUUCCCCAGUACCUGCCAGUAACAAUAGCAUGCCACAACAAGGACAGAUGCUGGAGUGCGAACAGUGAAAAUAGAACUGCAGCCCCUUUCGAAAACCAUCCUAAUUUACUUCUAGUAUACCCCCGAUUUCCAGAAGUGAUAGCAUUUGGAAAGGAUAGGAAGAAUCAAGGAGUUGCAUGCCACCAUCCAAAGCUCAUAGUGUUACAGAGAGAGGACAGCAUGCGUGUUAUUAUUUCUUCAGCUAACUUGGCACCUAGACAGUGGCAUCUCAUAACAAACACAGUGUGGUGGCAAGACUUUCCCCGUAGGACAUCCCCCGAUUAUUCAGGUCUUUUUAGUGCAUUCGAGGGACCAAAAUCUGAUUUUGCUGCUCAGUUAGUUUCAUUCAUAGGAUCCCUUAUCAAUGAAGUCCCUAGCCAAGCAUAUUGGAUAAAUGAGAUAGCAAAGUAUGAUUUUGAAGGAGCUGGUGGGUACCUUGUUGCUUCAGUACCAGGGUUGUAUAUGCCAAGUCCUUGUUAUUUGGAGUCCAAUUAUUGCCUUUCAGAAAAACAGAUUAUACAUACAAAAUCUUCACAUAGAAUAUUCCUUGGUUCUGUGCAAACAUCUGUAGUUGGUUUAUCCCAUCGGUUUCACUUACCAUCUGAUGCCGGUUCACAACUGAAAGCCUUGUCUGUAUUUCUUGGAAAAUGCCGUGGAAACAUGCAUGGAACUACAGAAGUGAUCUUGAAAAGAAAUACAAAUAUACCUGCAGAUGCUAAUGCUGUGAGUGUCCUUGUUGCUGAUCUGGAUAAAUUUUGUGAGGAAGAUUCUGUCCAACUUGGUUUCUUGCCUAGAGAGGUUGCGAAAUGGGUAUCUCCCCUUAGCGACACGGGCUUCUUCAAAUUUUCUGGAUUUAUCUACCCUAGAGAAGCCCUGGAAGCUGCAUUUGGAGCAACUAACACAAAAGUGCAGUUGCUUAUGUAUGUAUCAAAGGGUCCAGAGUUUUCUCAAAUUUCAGGGCUGAUCCAGGAUGAGCAUCUUCCUUCAUUGUGCUCACUAGUAGCGUGCCUGAAAAGAAGCCCUGGGCUUUGGCGGUUAGAAGAGGUAUUGUCACACUUUAAGUGGCCUGAAACACUGGAGACUGAUUUUAUGUACAGUGCUUCAUCCAUCGGGACUUCUAUUAAUCCACAGUUCAUUGCACACUUCGCUUCAGCGACAGGUAAACGAUCCAAUCACGAUGUUGACUCCGAAGAAUCUGAUCCAGAGUGGGGUGGCUGGACAGCAGGCCAUGAGCUAAAGAAGCCAUCAAUCAGUUUGUUAUUUCCAACAAUUGAGAGGGUGAAAAGCGCGGCUUGUGGAAUUCAGUUGUCCAGAUAUUUGCUUUCUCUACCUGAGAAAACGUGGCAAAGAUUGAGAUCUACCGGCAUAUUUCAUGAUGCAAUCCCACAUCCACAUGAUAGGAUAGGGCAUCCUAUGCAUGUUAAGGUUGCUCAGAGGCGAUUCCGGUCUCGGUUAGGUGGCCAUUCAUUUGGCUGGACUUACUGUGGAUCUCACAAUUUCAGCCCAGCUGCCUGGGGACAACCGUUGCGCCCUACGUCCAAAGCGAAUCCUACUGAUGCCACCAGAGGAGCUCCUUCUGGGUCAAGGCUGCACAUUUGCAACUAUGAGCUGGGCAUCAUUCUCAUUGCCCCGCCGCCAGGCAUGUCAAAGGAGGGCAAUGGAAGGAGGCAUGGGAUUGAUGGCAUAUCCCUUCCAUUUGUCAUCCCUGCACCACAAUACAAGUACAGUGAUAGGCCUGCGACACCGCUGGCUAUGCGACAAGCCAUGGCCGAAGCUUGUAUUCCGCAGAGCGACUUGUCGGAAGAGACUGACGAGGAUAUACCAGAUGAAGAUGACGAGCAUGUGGUUGAACUAUCUGACUGCUGUCCUGAAGAGAAAGAAGAGGAGAAGAUCUACGCAGAGACUCUAUGGGGUCAGGUGGAUUCUUCGCAGAGCCAGGGAAAAGAUUCGUGAAAUUGGAGGCUGGCUCUGCAGUCUUUCACAGAAAGUACAGAUCAGAUAUUCAUUGAAUAAGAACGUCCAUGGAGAGUACAUUAGAUCUAAACAUGACAGUUUACAGACAGAUUCCAAAAGUUCCUUGAGGACGCUGGUUCUCAUAUGAAGUUACAGGCAUAAAUCACAUGAACAGCCGCCUGAAUCACCAGGAUUAUUUCUUAUUAAAGGAUUGUAGAUGAUUCAAUUGCUUUUUUAGCUUAUAUUGUGUGUACAUGUCUUGUUAUUUAUUGUUGUAUUGAUAAUUAUCAUUUGUACACUUAUCGACAGAGCCUGGAAGGCAACAAUUUCUGAUGUAAAGAAACAUUGGAACGAAAUGUUUUACUUAACUUUACUGUGCAUGA